AUGACCGAGAAUAGUUUUGAAACGUUACGUCAUGUUAACUUAUUACAAUGUGCAUCCCACAAUCAACUAGUACAAUGGAGUAAAAAAUUGGUAAAAGAGGCGUUUGAAGAAUUGAUGCACACACGAUUCGUGAAAGCAACCGCGAAGGUCAAAGGAAAAUACGACUUCAAGACAAGUGACCCUACACCAAUGGAAGUACAGGUGAUAAUAGCAAUAUCAAAGCGCUUUGGAAAAAAAGAAAAAAAGAUAGAAGCUCUUCGCAACGGUACACACUUUGGAUGCGACGGCAUUUUCAUAAAGCGCUACAAGAAAGAGUUAGUAGGAUGGAAAUCGCAUGUUUAUAUAAGACUGAAUAGAGAAGACAGGAGAGAGGACACGAGUGAAGAUCAAUAA